ACACUUGUACUAUUAUUUGUACGACAAAAACGGCUCUCGGAUACAUUCUUCUUCUACUAUUCGGCAAAACAAACGAUUUCGGACUGCAAAGGACAACUCGGCUAGCUGCGCUUUGCUUGUAACACGUUCCACGGGCGCGACUUAACAAAACACCAUUUCCCGACUCCAACCACCUCGCUGGCACAAUUAUAUUCUCGAAUCUCGACUUGGACCAGAAGGGAAAGAAGGGAAGAACCCAACAACUCGCACCACCAUCAUCACCUUCCACUAUCGAAUCCCGAACUCAAUCCAUACACCACCAAACAUGCUCUUCCUACCAACCCUCCUCCUUACAUCCACCACCACAACCACCCUCGCCUCCCCCCUACCCUUCUCUAACUCCUGCACACCCAACAACCUCCUCCAGAACCCCUCCUUCGAAUCCAACCCCUCAGACCUAACCCCCUGGCUCUCCCUAGCCACAGGCUCCUUCUCCUCGCGCACCCUCUCACGCGACAACCCGGGAGGCCACAACAGCGCAACCGCAUACAUCGCCUCAUGUAAUAGCAGCGCGGAUAUCUUGUCUACACUUACGCUGUCGCAGUCGUAUAUUGAGGUGGCGGGUGGAAAGACGGUGGAGUGUUAUGCGUGGGUUAGAAGGGGAGAGGCGGGGAAAGGAAGAGCGAGGGUGGAGGUUUUUCUUGAUGGGGGGAGUUGUGGGGGUGUGGUUGAGGUUGGGGAGGGACAGGAGGAGUGGGUGAAGGUUGGGGGGAAGGUAGUUGUGCAGGAUGUGGGGGCGGGUGGUGUGGGACAUACGGUUGCGGUUACGGUGCAGGGGUAUGGGGCUGAGGGGGAUGGGGGUUGGAGUGUUGCGAUUGAUGAUGUCGGGGUUGUUGUUGGAUGUUGAUGUUGUUUGUUGUCAGAAGAACUUGGAAUAUGGAUAUCAGGGACGGGACCAUUGGAGAAGAGAGAAAGGAGUACGGCGCUAAGGAUACGGAGGCCAAGUGAUACUAAUCAAAUAGUAAUAGACACCAGCACAUGGUAUACAAACC